AUGAGCACCCCAACUGGACCGGACACAACGGCAUUAGAACAAGGCAACGGAGAAACGACUACGAGACAGCAGUGUACAUGUGGCAAAAUCUGUAAGAACAAGCGAGGCCUAAAGAUCCACCAAGGGAGGAUGAAGUGUCUGGUGGGGACAGGACCAACACAACGCACAGGUGUUCAACCUGGUGAGACGCAGGAGGAGCCAGGCCCGGAGUCACCCCACAGUGCCCGGAACCUCCAAGUGUUGCAAAUGACUCCAUCUAGCAUCAAGUCUGAGAGGAGGCAGAUCAAGUGGCCAGCAGCUAACAUGACCUCACUGUGGAACCAGUUUGACAUUGAUGUCGACCAGAUUCUGGAGACCACCAUCAGGGAAGACAUCAACAGGAAACUGCAAGCCAUGACAAGGAUUAUCAUCAGCAUUGCAUAUGAACGGUUCGGAGAAGAGGUGAAUGAAGGAGGCUCCAAAGGAUCUCACUCAAAUAACCAACGUGAGGAGAGAAUCCAUAACAUCAGACAGGAGAUGAAGAUCCUGAAGCGGCAGUACAGGCAGGCAGGAAAGGAGGAGCGAAUUGGCUUGGCACAGCUGAUGAGCAUCCUACGAAAAAAGAUCAGGAUCCUCCGUCGGGCAGAGUGGCACCGAAGGCGCCGCCGCGAAAGAGCCCGAAAGCGAGCUGCAUUCAUUGCCAACCCCUUCAAGUUCACUAAGGAGCUGCUAGGGCAGAAGCAUAGCGGCCAGCUGAUCUGCUCUCAGGAGGAGAUUGAUCAUCACCUGAAGGAAACAUACAGUGACCCAGCAAGAGAGCAAGAGUUGGGGGAGUGCAGCACUCUGAUAGAUCCUCCUGGGCCAAGUGUGCAGUUCAACAUGUCAGAGUUGCAGCUAAAGGAGGUUCGAGAGGUUGUCGAGAAAGCGCGAGCAAGCUCUGCUCCAGGACCAAGCGGUACUUCAUACAAAGUGUACAAGAACUGUCCUAAACUCCUGCUGCGCCUGUGGAAAAUUCUGCGUGUCAUCUGGAGGAGGGGCAGGAUUCCUGAACAGUGGAGAUUUGCCGAAGGGGUCUGGAUUCCGAAGGAGGAGAACUCCAAGAAGAUAGACCAGUUCCGCAUCAUCUCCCUGUUGUGUAUUGAAGCUAAGAUCUUCUUCAGUGCUGUCUCUAACCGGCUGAGCACCUUCCUCUCAAAGAACAGGUUUAUUGAUACAUCAGUGCAGAAGGGUGGAAUAGCAGGAAUGUCUGGAUGUUUGGAACACACAGGAGUGGUAACACAGCUCAUCAGAGAGGCCAGAGAGAACAAGGGCAAUUUGUCAGUGCUGUGGCUCGAUAUGGCAAAUGCUUAUGGCUCAAUACCACACAAGUUGGUGCAGCUCACUCUGACAAAAUAUCACGUCCCCAGCAGAGUCAGAGACCUCAUCGCUGACUAUUACAACAAUUUCAGGAUGAGAACCUCUUUAGGAGCAGUGACAUCAGGCUGGCACAAGGUCGAGAUCGGAAUCAUCACGGGUUGUACCAUCUCCGUUAUUCUGUUCUCCCUGGCCAUGAAUAUGCUCACAAAGUCUGCUGAACCAGAGUGCAGAGGGCCAAAGACGAAGUCAGCUCAACGUCAGCCACCGAUCAGAGCAUUUAUGGACGACCUCACGGUCACCACAGAAUCAGUUCCAGGCUGCCGGUGGAUUAUAAAGGGUCUCGAAAAGCUAAUGGAGUGGGCACGGAUGCAUUUUAAACCAGCCAAGUCAAGAUCGAUGGUGCUGAGAAGAGGAAAGGUGGAUGAGAAAUCCCGGUUUAGCGUCACAGGUGUAAUAAUCCUGACCAUCACGGAGAAGCCUGUCAGGAGCUUAGGCAAGGUGUUUGACAGCACCCUGAGGGACUUUGCAUCAAUCCAGUCAACCUGCAUUGAGCUGGACAUGUGGCUGAAGUCAGUGGACCGGUCUGGAUUGCCAGGGAAGUUUAAAGCUUGGUUAUACCAGCAUGGCAUUCUUCCCAGGAUCCUGUGGCCACUACUCGUCUACGAAGUGCCAAUCUCGACUGUGGAAACCCUAGAGAGGAAGGUCAGCAGCCACCUCAGAAGAUGGCUGGGGCUUCCAAAAAGUCUAAGUAGCAUCGCACUUUACGGGCACCGCAACAAACUGCAACUGCCGCUCAAGUCCUUGGAGGAGGAGUUCAAGGUAACAAGAGCUAGGGAAGUGUUGAUAUACAGAGACUCAAGUGAUCCAAAGGUGGCAACGGCUGGGGUUGAAGUGAGGACUGGUCGGAAGUGGAAGGCUGAGGAGGCUGUUCGACAAGCAGAGGCAAGAUUACACCACAAAAGACUGGUGGGGGUGGUUACAAGAGGCAGGGCUGGACUGGGUUCCUUUUCAACUCCCCACAUUGACACCACCAAAGGGAAGGAAAGGCGCUGCCUUGUUCAGGAGGAGGUGAGAGCAGUGGUCGAGGAGGAGAGAACCUGCAGGACAGUAGGAAUGAGGCAACAGGGCGCCUGGACACGAUGGGAGAACGCGAUCGAGAGGAAGGUGACAUGGGCAGAGCUGUGGAAGGCAGAGCCACAUCGGAUCAAGUUUCUUAUCCAGGCAGUAUAUGAUGUGCUUCCCAGCCCAUCAAACCUUCACAUAUGGGGCAAAGUGGAGUCUCCAGCAUGCCCACUGUGCUCCAAGCGUGGAACCCUAGAGCACAUUCUAAGUUGCUGCUCAAAGGCACUGGGAGAGGGAAGGUACAGGUGGAGGCAUGACCAGGUACUGAAGGCCAUUGCUGAAGCCAUUGCUACAGGAGUCGAGUGGGCAAAGCGCUCCCGCCCCUCCAAACAAGCCAUCACCUUCGUCAGAGCUGGAGAGCAGCCAAAACCAGCCGCAAAAACAUCUGCAGGCAUCCUGGCCACUGCGAGGGACUGGCAGAUGUUGGUGGACUUGGAGCGGCAACUCAAGUUCCCCAACCACGUUGUGACCACCUCCUUAAGACCAGAUGUCGUUCUCUUGUCUGAGUCCACCAAACAAGUGGUUCUGUUGGAGCUUACAGUCCCUUGGGAAGAUCGCUUGGAGGAGGCCUUUGAGAGGAAGCUUACCAAGUACGAAGGACUAGUCAGCGAGUGUCGACAAGCCGGAUGGAGAGCAAGGUGUCUUCCAAUAGAGGUAGGAUGCAGGGGCUUUAUAGCCCGAUCCCUGUCCAGAGCCUUUAGUCUGUUAGGCAUUGAUGGAGUGCGGAGGAGAAGAGCCAUCCGCAAUACCACUGAAGCGGCAGAGAAAGCCUCAAGAUGGCUAUGGCUCAAGAGAGGAGAUCCAUGGGGGCAGGGUAGCUAGAUUUGCCAACUGGACACAAGCUGGGGUCUGAUCAGCCACAGCUGGGUCGCCUGGAUGAGGGUGUAUGAUGUUGAG